AUGAUUAUUCGAGAACUUAUCGUUUUGAGCUUAGUGUUAACUCUUGCAUCGUGUCAAUCUUCGAAAUCGGAAACCCCAGAAUCAAGUGGAAGAUCAAGACAGUCCGAAGGAGAGGGUCGCUUCUUUCCCGGCUUUGGUGCGGCUUUCGGUGGAUAUAGACCUGGAGGAUUUUUCGGUGGCUACCCAAGACCGGGCGGUUAUCCAAGACCAGGCGGUUUCUCUGGAUUCUUCGGAGGAUAUUAUCCAGGUGCUUAUCGUCCAGGUGGGUUCUAUCAAGGUGGCUAUCCCGGUGGAUAUUAUGGAGGCUAUCAGCAGUACCCAAGACCUGGCUUUGGUAAUCGGCCUUAUGGAGGGCCAGCAGCCGGUGGAGUGCCAAGUGUGCCACGACCAGGCUUAGACAAUUCUAAUAACAACCGUCCAAAUACUGCCACAGCUCCCGCACUUCCAAAUCUCAGCAAUCUCACUCCAAGUCAAGCUGCACUUCUUGGCCAGGCAUUAGGCGCGUCACUACGGCCACUUUUAAUGGCAAAUGGAGGAGCUGGUUUAAGUGGAGCAUCAUCAGGUUCUGCGAACUCAUUGGCUGAUAUUCUCGCUCAGCUUGGUUAA